AUGGCAAGAAUGCAAUUGCAAGUUCAACAUACGAUAUUCAUUCUUCUAUUGUUAUGGCACAUAACAACUACUAGUACUUCACCGACCUCAUCAAAAUUUGCAGCGCCGGCGAUAGCAAAGCCUAAUUGCAGAACGCACUGUGGAAAUGUUAGCAUCCCAUACCCUUUUGGGAUUGGACCAAAUAAAGAUUGUUACUAUGAUGAAUGGUUUCAACUAGAAUGCAACAAAUCUACUGGGGACAAGCCAUUCCUGAGGCUGGCCCAGCUGGAGGUGCUGAGCAUUUCUAUCAAAGGCAUGCUUCAGUUUAAGUACCCUGUUACUUUCUUCAGCUGCAAGGGAAAGGAAACUCGCCAAGCUCCAAAUUUGACUGGAAGCCCCUUCCUAUACUCGGUGACGCACAAUAUUUUCACAGCUGUGACUUGCGGUCACCUUGCCACUGUGAGAUCAGAAAAGCAUGUUUUUCACGGAUGCGAAUCAACUUGUGAUUGGAGUACAAACAAUACUAAUCGCUGUGAUAUCGAAAUUAACUGUUGCCAGACUAACAUUCCUCCAAAUCUCAGUGUUUUCACUACUGAAAUACAAGGAAGAUAUCAAAAUGGCGGUUGCGGCUAUGCAUUUCUUGUUGACCAAGAUUGGUUUGUGAACAAUUUAUCAAGUUAUAGAGCUAUCCAGGGCAUGGACAGCGUACCUGUGGUGCUAGACUGGAAGAUCAGCUUAGACAAUACUUCACUCAGAUCCUUUAAAGGAUUUAUUGGAACAGAGCCAGAUUAUUAUGAUUUUGAACGGAACUAUAUUAUUGACUCAACACCCUAUUGUGAAAUAUACAAUGCCACUACUUCUUCCACAUACAAUAAGUCAAGCCUUCACUGUUCCUGUCCGGCGGGCUUUGAAGGAAAUCCUUAUCUUCUCCACCCUUGUCAAGAUAUUGAUGAAUGCAAGGACCUUAAUCAGUGUACCGAUCUACUAGCUUUAAGGGAAUUCGGAGGCAGUUCUAUAUGUCUUUUCAUGGGUCCUGGACUAUUGUUACUACUCGUUGGGGCAUGGCAUGCAUACAAAGUCAUAAAGAAAAGGAAAAACAUCAAACUCAAGGAAAGGUUUUUCAAACGAAACGGUGGUUUAUUGUUACAACAACAAUUAUCAUCAGGUGAAAUCAAUGUUGAGAAAAUCAAGUUGUUCAAAUCAGAGGAGUUAGAGAAGUCCACUGACAAAUACAACAUUGAUAGAAUUCUUGGUCAGGGAGGCCAAGGUACCGUCUACAAAGGCAUGUUUGCAGAUGGAAGAAUCAUUGCGGUAAAGAAGUCUAAGAUAUUGAAUGAAGGCCAACUUUCAGAAUUCAUCAAUGAGGUUGUAAUUCUUUCACAAAUCAAUCACAGAAAUGUGGUUCAAUUAUUAGGUUGUUGUUUAGAGACUGAAGUUCCACUCUUGGUUUACGAAUUCAUACCAAAUGGAACCCUUUCCCACUAUAUUCAUGAGCAUAAUGAAGACUUUCCACUUACAUGGAAAAUGCGGUUACGAAUUGCCACAGAAAUUGCAGGAGCUCUAUCUUACUUGCAUGGUGCAGCUUCCUUUCCUAUUUAUCACAGAGACAUCAAGUCUACAAACAUACUCUUAGAUGAGAAAUACAGAGCAAAAGUUGCUGACUUUGGCACUUCAAGAUCAAUUAUGAUAGGCCAGACUCACUUGACCACAGUUGUACAUGGCACAUUUGGUUACUUGGACCCGGAAUACUUCCAAUCAAGCCAAUUUACAGAGAAAAGUGACGUCUAUAGUUUCGGAGUUGUCCUUGUUGAGCUCUUGACUGGUCUACAACCAGUUUCUGCAGUAACAGGGUCACAAGGAAAUGAAUACAAAAGUCUUGCCACUUAUUUCAUUCCUUCGAUGCAGGAAGAUCGUCUAUUUGGCAUUCUUGACGCUGGGGUUGUGAUGGAGGGCUCCCAAACAGAUAUCAUAACUUUUGCUAACCUUGCAAUGAGAUGCUUGAAUUUGAAUGGAAGGAAUCGCCCCACAAUGAGAGAGGUCGUGACGGAGUUGGAGGCCAUUCAAAUGUUGAUUGAAAACACUGGUACUGUUCCAGAGAGUUACAACGGGGUUGAAUCUGCUGUAAGUGACAUAAAUGAGCACUGGGAUGCUGUUUCAAGUUCAACAGAGUAA